CCCCAAACGCUGUAAGUCCUCUGCUCCUCUAACUCCUCACUACAGGCCAAUGGGGCACUGCUUAUUUCCCCUCAAUUACAUACUUUUUUCAUAAUUGAUGGUAUACUUCCUCCAGGCUUAUUGUUGAAGUUACAUGCUAAAGUCUCAUUUACCAAUAAAUGACUUAGUUUCGCCAAACUAUAGCUAUUGAGCCAUUGUAACAUGAAGCUCUUAGAAGGGUUAAUAGCCCUGGGGUUGGGAUUACUUGGGGUAAUUGUUGUCUAUCGCUUCAGUUUGCGAACCCCCACACUUCGACGAAACGGCGUCCCUUUGAAAAAACCGCCGAAUACUCUACCUUUCGUGGGAAAUGGAAUCCUCUUUCUUCGGCCGCGCUGGAAACUUUUCUCGUGGUUCGAAAAAUGUGAGAAGCAAUUCGGCUACGAGACAUUUCAAAUUAGUGUCCCCACUCUACCGCCGGGCGUCGUGAUCAAUGACCCGAAGAAUUUGGAGUACAUCUUUAAGAAUGAAGCCAUAUUUUCCAAGGGCGACUUCUUCAAGAAGCUAUCCUGGGAUUUGUUCGGAAAUGGAAUCAUCAAUGUCGACGGUGAAUUAUGGAAGGCUCAGAGGAAAGCUGGGCUCGCUUUUCUCAGCGCUUCCAACAUGAGAGUCUUAACAGAUGUUGCGCUACCCCGGUAUCUCGAUCGCGCUGUGGAGGAUCUACGAGCACAGAGUGGUGCUAGGAAAAUAGUGAAUCUCCAAACUGUCUUCCACGAAAUCACUAGCCAACUUAUGGGGAAGAUGGCUUAUGACAUGGAAAUGCAUGCUGAUGAUGAAUUUACAACUGCUUUUGAAUAUGCAUCGGGAGCGACAACAGAGCGUUUCCAGAAUCCAUUAUGGUCUGUUACUGAACCGUACACUGGUGCCCAGUUUAAAAAGGCGCUCAAUACGAUUCGUACUUUUGGUCACAAAAUUGUGGACAACGCCAUUAACAAAAGUGGAGAGAAACGAUCCCAAUCGACCUCCGACAGAUUGGAUAAGAUAUCUGGCAGUCUAAUACAUUCGCUAUUAGAAGUUUUCGGAGAUGAUCGAAAGAUGAUAUCUGACGCUGCUCUAAAUUACCUAUCCGCCGGCAGAGACACCGUUGCUCAAGCCCUUACAUGGUGUAUAUAUACACUGAUGUCCGAGGGGGCGGUUGUUGAUAGAAUGCGAGAUGAGCUACAGAAGUUUCUUAGCAACAAGGAUGGGGACGUCAAUUCGGCCGCUUUCACACCAGCAUCGCUACCAUACACCACAGCAGUUUUUUACGAAACAUUACGAUUGUACCCACCAAUCCCUUUCGAGAUUAAGCAAUGUGAAAAAGCAACCACCUUACCCGAUGGCACUUUUCUUCCGGAGAGGUCCAUAGUCUUUUGGUGCACGUGGGCUAUGAAUAGGUCGGAAACUAGCUGGGGAGAAGAAGCCGAAUCCUUCCAGCCUGAGAGAUGGCUAACAGCGGACGGCAAGCUAAUUACGAAGAGUGCUGCUGAAUUUCCGGUAUUCAAUGGUGGCCCGCGCUUGUGUCUUGGAAAACGGAUGGCAGAACUAUUAGCUGUUCAAGUCAUUGCCACUAUGGUGCUGAAGUUCAAUUUCAUUCCAGCCUUUGGGGGCGAACGAAUCAGCAAAAGCAGUCUCACAUUACCGAUGAAGGGCGGGCUUCCAUGCCUUGUCGAACCCAGGACGCCGAACAAAACACAAUCGAUACCAUCAUAAUCCUAAAUAGAGCAUUAAAUUACUUAUCUAUUAUUAUCCUCCCAUCUAUCUGUCUAUCGUC